GGUAUUUCGCUAUAUUUUGCUAUCCACACUAUACGUAAUUUUAGAAUUUACGAGGAAAACUAUUGUGCUAUUACCUUUUUAACUUAUCGCCAAAUCGUGCGUUGAAGCCGUGAAAGCAAUUCACGGAUUUCAAAUGGACGAAGAAUCUGCUCCAAAGCAACCGAGUGAUAGGCACCUGGACAACGCAGUGGAUCUCGAUAUGCCCCCAAGUCCACCCGGCGUUGAUGAGAAAAACGGUAACGAGAAAAAUGAGGCCAGGACCAGUGCAUCAGCAAAGCGUUGCAAGUCAGGUUCCGGCCGCCGGUCUUCUUCCCGUGGGCGUUCGGACUCUCGAAACGCUGCUUCUCCCUCGACAAUGCGACGGCGGCGUUCCGUGUCCCGAUCGCUGAGUCCCCCGCGACGUGGUCGUUUCGACUCGCCCGAUUACGGCCGAUAUCCCCGACGUCGGUUUGACCGAGAACGCCGCCGUUCCCCGGACCGGUGGCGGUCUCCUCUUCGCCGAAGUCGCCGCUAUGGACGUUCUCGGUCCCGUACCAUCUCACCCCGUCGUGGAGGUCGUUGGUCUCCCAAAAAAAAGCCGACGUCGCCGCCUCUUCCCCCGGCGCAGGGACCGCCACCGCAAAUGGCUCAGGGUUACGCGGUCAUAGCGCCACAAAUCUAUGCUACGUACGGUGCCCCGCCAGAUCUUUAUGGCCAUCGUUAUGGAAUGCCGCCUAACGCCUUCCCUCCCCAGGGACCAGCUUACGGAAUGCCAGGACCUCCACCUGAUCAGACAUCCUUUGGUGGUGGUUAUGGUCCUCCACCAACAGGCACUUGGGGCGUAAAUGAAUAUGGCCAACAGGUAUGGAUGACUCAGACCAUGGACGAAGUUCAGUCGACUGUUACGGACGGCAUGACGCUGGCCCAUCAGGUCCCCGAUGAUCCGCCGGACAAGCAGCCAGGGGAAGAGCAGAAGAGGCCAGCGCACGAUAGCGCAGGUUUGCCGCCGCAGGACGCCGUGGCACAAGAGGCGGAAAAACAAAAGGACGAGCUGAAAAAACAGCGGGCCAACUACGUCAAGAAGGUAACUCUACUCCAGAAAGAAAUGAAAGUUCUUAGGGACCAGCGUGACGACUUGGCGGCAGGCGAAGCUCCACCCUCUCCAACUACCAAAAACUUUAUCGAGGAAAACGAACGUCUGCAGGUGCAAAUCAAGAAGAAACUAGACACAAUUGAAAACGUUAUAGACAUGCUGAACGGCAUAAUUGGUUAUGAAGAACUUGAUGAUGAGCCUCGAAAUCCGAAGAUACAUGGAAAAGCUCAUCCUGAUCAGCAGGGUAGCCGAUCCCACUCCUCCAGCAAUAGCUCCGAUGACAGCUCAGAUUCGAGUUCAUCGUCGGGCAGUUCUUCCGAUUCGUCAACCAAUGGCGAGAUCGAGAAGGAUGCGGGAGGUGCUGGUAGUAGUCCCACUACUCGGCUCAAGCAUCGCGUAAUGAAGUCGAUGAAGUCAAAACAGCGACAUGAUGAAACGAAGCCAAUAUCACCUCCUGCACAAAACUACAAUUUUGUGUUCUUCGAUCCUGAACAGCAUUGGUGCGAGAGCUGUGGUGUUUUUCCAAAUUCCGCGAGAGACUAUUUAAAGCACUUGCAUGCCGAAGAACAUAUGAAUCGCGAGACUAUAGAAACUCCAUGGCACAUAGGAAUUGAACACGACCCUUUUCCAACAUUUGAAAAUGCGCCUGCCAAGCGCGUCCCUGUUCGCGGAAUGCAAUUCCUGGUGCCAGCAAACGCCUGGUUCUGCAAGCUCUGCAGUGUUUGGAUUGGAGACUUGCACUGCGCAUCCGCUCAUCUUAAGUCCAGGUUACACUCUAACAAAUAUGAGAUAUUUUUAAAUGAUAAUCCUAACUAUGAAAUCGAUUGGCAAGCAAGCCGUGAGCGGGCGAUAAUACAACAGAAAGGGAGCGAUGACUUAAAGAAUAAAAAGACCAAACAGGAGGAGGACAAAACGUCAAAAAAACGCAAAAAAAGAAGUGGUGAGAAAAAAAAAAAGCGAAAGCAUGGAAAGAAAAGCAAGCAAAGUACAAUCGACGCGAACAGCACGUCGUCAUCCACAGAAAUAUCUUCGUCGGAAGAUGACGGUCCACAUCUACCAAAGCAAGACCGUGCCGAGGAGUCAUCAAGUGGUAAAGCUGAUAAGUCCAUUAAUGCAGCAUCAAUACGUGUUACCAUACGAAAGCAGGAAACUCCCGUAACAUCUUUCAAGCCUUUGCAGUCUGCGGCCCCACCGCCGCCCCCAAUCAUAAAGAAGUAUAAAAGGGCUUCAAGCCGGGGUAAAUGGACUUCUACCAGUGGAGAAGAACAAAAGGAGGACCAAAAGAAACGGGACGAUGUCAUGUUAAAACCAUUUAAUACUGUCCAGCCUGUAAUAAGUGAAAGUGAAAAAAAACUACUAGAACAUCUUAAAGGCAGGUUGAGGAACAAGGGACCCCGUGAUUUGGAGGACCAUAAAGAAUCACAUACAGCAUUUGGAGGUGAAGAAAAGUUAAGGAGAGGGGGGGGCCGUCGUUCUCGUUCCCGUUCUAAACGGGUUAGCCACUCUCGUAGUAUAAGCCGUGGUCGGGAUAGAGAUUGGCGUGAUCGUGACCGGGAUAGAGACCGUGGUCGACGGCGUCGAUCUCGUAGCCGUGGCCGGCACUUUUCUCGUUCGCCCCUAAAAUCCAGCAGAAGAAGUCGAUCUCGAGAGGGUCGAAGCCGUCGCAGCCGUAGCCGAACAGCUGAUCGGAUAGAGCGUCCCGUGAUAAAGCAUUCCGAAUUCCGCCCCCGAACAGUACCCGAACGCAAGCAAACCGAUACUAAGCGAGAGAAGAAAGAUGCGGAGACCAAAGCAAAGCAGGUCAAACCCAGCAGUAAAUGUCUGCCUGGAGGCAAGAAGCUGCCGUUUAUCGGUAAGAUGCCAGUAUUUAAAAAGCAACCCGUUUCGACUUCCAAUUACGAUUGUGCCGCCAUUUAUACUAAUGGCUGCUUAGAUGCACCACCUCCACCACCUCCGCCGAUGUGUGGAACAACGGGACUUGUAGCUUUGCGUCAACCCGCACCGACAGCGGCGCAGAUUCAAAUGGCCAUGAUGGAAGAUGCUUUCGGAAAUGCUCCUCCAUUUCAUCCAGAUGCGGGUAUGGUAGUGGAUUACGACGAGUUAAUGCCAGAUCCUGUUCAGUUCGCCAAUUUAAUGACAAGCUGCCCACCACCUCCUCCGCCCGGAGAAGGCUCUGACGGGGAAACCCAUGGUGCAGACGACAGAGGACUAAAUGAGAAACAAAAAAGUUUUGGAAAGGAAGUCCUACCCCCAGGUAUUGAUGAAGCUGACUCUGAUCUCACAACGCAGACAUUAGAAGCUUCUACAAAACCAAGGGGCAGAGACCUGCCCAAAGACCUUGCUGAGGCACUUGACAUUAUAUUUCCCGGCGAGGGAGCGACACUUGAAGAAACCAAUCAAAGCAGUGAAAAACAAGGUGAACCUCAGACUAUCAUAACUAUCGUUGACGACGAAGCAGUGCUCAGUGAGCAUAAUCUUCAAGACCUGGCAAAGCAGGGAAUUCAUCUCGUAACCAUUGACAAGUCAGAAGUUCCAAAUUCAACUACUCAAGCACCCAAGGAGGAUGAGGAGUUGAAAAUUCUGAAUGGUAAAUCUGAAGCUGCAGCAAACUUAAAACAGAUUGAUGCUGAGGACAUCCCAAUGCCAACUUCCCCUCCAGCAGCUCAAGUGUCAAACGAUUUGGCAAAAAACAACACCACUAAGAAAAACACCGAUAUUUCGAACAUACCACAGCCCCCGGCAUCACCAUCAGACAGUGAGAAGUUGCGGCGUCAAGCGGAGCUCGAUGAGUUGGCUAUGCUAGGAAUCGACAGCAGCGACUUAGCGGCACAAUAUGCGUUGUAAUAAUUGAAUUGACUUGGCUGCAGAAAAGUGAAAACGGAGACGCUGCCUACGUUAACGGAGCGGAGUGGCCAAUAAGAAAUGAAACUGUUUUAGAAUAUAGUUUGACACCGAUGUAAGAGUGAUUGUCACGAAAUUUUUAAUAAAUGCCCAUAUAUUUAUGUAA